AUGAGCACACAAGAAGACUCUUUCUAUGGAGGUAUCAUUUCGUACGACAUUCACACCUACUGGAAUAAUAAUGUCAAGGAAGAACGAGACUUUGCACUUGCCUUAAGAGAAAAGGUGUUAAAGGAGUACGCAGAAGACAUCGAGUCUGGCAAAAUCAGAGCACACAAGCCUUGGGAUAAACCAAUUGGCCCUCAUCCUAUUAGCAUGUGGGAAUUAGAUUUCAAGAGUCCAGAAAUAUUUGUUAAGUUAGUUCCCUUUUUUCAAAUCAACCAUGGAUCGCUUUCUGUUUUGAUCCAUCCGAGAACCGACAAAGGUGAUUUGAAAGAUCAUACAACCCAUGCUUUAUGGUUGGGUCACAAGCAAAGAUUGGCUACGGGUUUCUUGAAGGAUUAA